AUGGAAACUUCAACUUUUAGCUUAUUAUUGAAGACAUCGAAACUGUGUUAUGCUCAAGAAGAGGAAGAAGAAGAGACGAAGGAUAGCGAUGAAACCGAAACCGCAAUUGAGGUAGAAGAAAAUGAAACUACUGAGAAUGGUAUGCCUGGAGAUUAUCCAGACGGCACAUCGGAAGAAGAAGAAGGAGCAGCAGCAGUAACCGAACAGCCGGAAAACACAGAAGAUGAUGAUGUCGCAAACAUGGUGUUAGAUGAAGAAAUGGAGAAAGCAGCAUUAAAAAUUCAGUCAAAAUUUCGCGGUCAUAAAACACGAAUAGGGGUUAAAAGAAAUGAUUCCCAAAGUGGAACAACCAAAAUUGCUGAUGAAUCAAAACAAGAAAAAGAUUCCACAAAAGACGUCGACGAAGAGAUUGCUAACAUGGUCUUGGAUGAUGAAAUGGCUAAAGCGGCAUUAAAAAUCCAAUCAACAUUUCGUGGUCACAAGACGAGAAAAGAUAUAAAGAAGAAUGAAAAUUCUGAUAAGAAAAACAAUGAAGAAGAAGAAAAAUCAGAAGAAAACGAAAAUCUAAAGAAUGAAGAGGCAACACAAUCUUCAUCCACAGAAAAAAGUGCAAAGCAAUUACAGGACGAAGAAGAUAUCGCGAAUCUUGUUAUGGAUACUGAAAUGGAACAAACCGCUUUGAAAAUUCAAUCCGCUUUUCGAGUGAAAUCUCGAAAAAAAUUGCAGAAAGAAAAUGAAAGUUCAACUCGUGAUAAUAGUGACGACGAAGAACAUGAUGAUAAAGAAGUAAAAAAGCAGUUAAACUCGAACGAAGAUCCAUUUAAACAACAACAAAUGAACGAAGAUUUCGAAAGUGUUGGAGAAAAAAGUUCGGAAGAAAAAAAUUCAGAUUCCUUUAUCAUGGCAAAUUAUUGUUAUCCAGUUGAAGAAAGUUAUUAUAUAGAGCGCUACGAUAGCUCAGACUACGAGCCAUUAGAGACAUCGAACUAUGAAAUUAAUUUAAUGCAAGGUGGUGGAACGUUUCCUGAGCUAUCUGGUGAAUCAUCAGAACUAUUAACAAGCAAUUCAAAUGAAGAAAAAAAUCCUGAACGCAAUAAUUCGCUUGAUACGAUUUCGGCCCGCGACGUCUAUGAAACUUCAUUCACUAAACAAGAGCUUACCAAUUUAAUUUAUGAUGAGAAAAUUACCGAAAAUUUUUAUUUCAAUGGAAAGAAAAACUCAGCUGAAGAAUUGUAUUAUUCUUUGAAGAAGAAUGAGCUCGAAACUCAAAGAAACCAUUCACAUAACAAACAAUUAAAUAUUGAGAUGCAGUCGUCAUUUGAUGAGAAAGCAGAUGAUUUUAAUGAGGAUUCGCUUCCUGGGAAAACGUUUAAUGACAACAUAGAAAAUAAAUCAGACGAAGCUACAGCCGAGAAAUAUGAUGAAGACGAUGAUGAUGUUGUGAUUGGUGCUAGAGUGCGACCCACAACAAUGAAGCGAUUGCAAUAUGGAAUGAGUAUGGAUGAAAGAUUUUUGGGCUCAACUUUGAGUCAAAAUUAUUCAGAAAAUUCGCAGAAGGAUGUUUAUCCUAAUGACAGAUUCAAUCCAGUGUUGGAAGAAAGAAUAAGAAGUCAAUAUUUUCUGGAGAAGUUACAUGAGAAGUCAACAAGCGAUGAAGAUAAUAAAUGUAAUUCUGAAGAUUUAUUUGAUGGUACUGGCGAUGAAGAUCAGUUUGAUGAUUUCUAUAAUUCGGAAAACCUCAGAAAAAAAAUAAUGGCAUCUUCAUUUUCAAUCACUGAUUCAGAUUAUUAUGAUCCAGUGAAUAUUCAAUCAAUAAUCGAAGAUGAUAAAAUUCGUACAGCUUUAGAAACGAUUCAUUCAACAGAUUCUGAAUCAACAAUUGCAUCAGCAGCUACGAAAAUUCCUUAUGAAGAUAGGAAGAAAAUGAAGCAUAAUAACAAUAGUACAUCACAAUCCAUGCAAUAUUCAUCAAUUGGGAAUUCUGCUAUUGAUAAAUCUCUUGAAGAUUUUAUCCAAUCUCAAGAACUUCGAAUUGAUCGAUUUGAUGAAGACGAUGAAGAAUACGACAGCCCACUCUUAAGGGAACCACAAAGCACUGAUAUAUGGACAAACGAUCCAACAAUUUACACAGACUCUGAAAAAAGAAUUGUUGUUGGAAUAAAAAUGAAACAGAAAAAUUCUUCCCUGACGGUCGAUGAACGACGUCGUACACUUCAUAGGGAAGAUGCCAUUCAACGAAACAGCACAAGAGAAGAUGAAGAUUCAUCAAAGUCUUCAGAUGCUCCAGGAAAGAAACUCGUUGAUAAGAAAGACGCAAUUAUCGAGGGAGUUGUAGCACCGUUUGCUACUCAAGACUUGGUGAUCAAUACAGAAAAUUCUGUACUUACUUUGGAUAUACCAUCGAAACCAAAACCCGCGAAUCAAGUUCCUGUUAAAGCAUAUAAAAUGAAACGACAACAUACAAUGCCAGUUCAGAUUCAAAGUAAUGUUAUAAGAGUCGUACCAAAGCAUUUACGAAAAAGAAUAAAGAGUGCUGACGGUGAAAGCAAGAGAACAUCUUUGAAAUAAGGAAACGAGAAACUUUAAUCAAGAAAUUUCUUGUUAUUGUACCUACCUAUUUAGUGGAAAAAAAUACUUAAUCAGUUUAUUCUAUUUUUUUAUUAGAACCAAAAGUUUAACAUAUUUUCUUCCCUUAAACAGAUAAAACAUGAAAAAUUUAAAUUGUCACCGAAUGUUUGGUAGAGUAAAAUAUUGUAAAAGUUUUUCAAAUGGUCCAUAGGAAUGCAUGGAUAUUUUGUCUUAGUUGUCUCGGCUUCAAAAGAAGAAUAUGAGAAAAAAAAUUAGUAAAUGAUCAUCUUAUUUAAUUUAUAAAAAUAUAAUAAAUGUUAAUAAUAUACCUAUACAUAAUAUGAAAUUUAUGUUUAAUGCUUGAUGUGAAAAAAGAGACAAAUUGUUCUAUUUUCUUGAAAACUGUUCUAAUGAACUUAAGGGGAACUUUAAGCUAUGGUUGAUUUUAGAAACUCAUCUAUUUACUUUAUAUUUAACUUGUACGACAGUUUAAACAAAUGUUAUAUGUUCCCACCACUUAGGAUGUUUCACUUGCUGUUAUACAUAUUUGGUGUUCACUUUCAAAUGUCUUUGACAGUAUUUAGUAAUAUCCUGGAACGUAAUAAAACUUAUAACCGUUACUGAAAUUUCACGAAGAAAAAUCUUCUAUUAAGUAGCAAGUAUAGCAUGAUAGCUAAUCAGAAAAUUGUCGUACAACAAAAAUUUCCACUCCAUAAAAUGAGUAAAAUCAGUGAAUCUAACUAAAUAUUAGAAAAAAAUGUCUUAGGAGAAAUGUUCAUCCUUCCUACUCCAUAAACGAAACCUAAA